GAUCAAAUGCUUUCUUGCUAAAUGGAGGUGUUGAUGGUGCUGGUGUUGGUGCCGCUGGUGUCGGGGCGAAUGUUCUGCGACCGCAGCAAGGUGCCCGUGGAGCUGGGCGAGUGGAAGCGCGAAUACGCGCGCAUGGAUACUGCCACCAUCGAGAAUCCGCCCGUCUCCGUCAAGGAAGGCCAGAUAUACAUUUACGAGAACUACUUCCCCAACCGCACCAUCAAGUAUAUCCACGUGGACAACCUGGCGAUACGUUCGUGCGGCGCAAGCGCCACUAUUAAGGCGGGCGGUGUGAACACGCCGGGGGUGCUCAUCGUGCUGCACUCGGGGCCCUACCAGGAGAUCCGCACGGUGAUCGACAUCUGGGGCACGCGCGCGCUGGAUCCCACCCGCGCACGCCCCAACUUCACCCCCAACGAGCUCAAGAACCUCAAGAGCACCUACCUCUACAAGGGCAACCGCGCCGUCAACCACAACAUCCACAACGAAACCUACGGCCAAGGGGGAUAACAUACUUUACCAUUUUUUACGUUUUUUUACCUAUAUGCUAUUUUUAUGUUAAAGUCCGCCAAAAAUAGCCUGAAUAGAAUGACAGCUGUAAGAACAAUACAUGCCCUCUAGCUCUUGAACUAGGCUGCAU